GUGCUCAAAAACAGUGAUUUUACCUAUUUAUUUUAAGCACUUAUUGACUUGUUUUAUAAGUCAUUUUAGGUAAAAACCCCAAUUAAUUUUAAAUAUUAAUCUCUACUAGCAAAUUAGUAUUUUAGCUAUUUUCCCUCAUUUUUGUAGGUUUUGUGAGCUUAAUGGACAAAUGGAACCAAGUAGAAUCACAUACUUCAAGACUAAGAAAUUAUUAUUGAAUCAAGAGGCAACUUUUGUCCUUAUUGUUUAAGAGAUAAGAUAGUUUUUAUUGGACCAAAACAAGAUUAUGCAGCACCUUUUUGACUUAAAGUUACUUAACUAUGAAGAAUAUAUUAUCAUAAGUAACUAAGAACCGCCUUGUUCCAGUUGUGGAAGCACUGCCUAGUUAGUUCCAAGCCUAUAAAAGGACGCAAGGCCAUUCCAAAUAAUUCAUUCCAUUCUUGGCAACACUAGAAACAGAGAACAGAACAUAAGAGAAACAGAGAGAAGGAGGCAGAUUGAAGGAGAUUUGAAGACGGAUACACAACAAUAGUUGAGACAUCAUCAUUGAUAUGUUUGUUCAUCUCUUUUCUUCUUUAUCUUUUGUAAAGCUAUCAUGAAAAUGAAUAGCUAAUCUCUCUUUUGUUGGGAUUAGAUGUAACUAACUCUAGUAAUAUGUAUAUUUUAUGAUCAUGGUAUUAUAUAUGAUUUUAGAUUAUCCAUUAAUAUUGGUGUUGUUCUUGAUUUUUAUGUUUUAAUUAUAUGGUUUAACUUGUUAUAGACAUAUACUUUUUGAACCCAAAGAAUUAGGAUAAUAUCUAUUAAAUUCUAAAUUCUAGAUAUAGAUUUAGGUUUAAUAUUCACUUAGAGUAUCGAAGCUUAAUGCUAUUAUAUCGAUUGACGAUCCGAGACAUCUGAUGUUAAUAGGUAUAAUAGAUAUCUCGACGUUAUCUGGACACGGAAACGUACGACGAGCGGUACGUGAUAAUAUUGAGGGAUGUCUAAAAUCUAUAUAACUGAUUUGGAGAAUACAUAUGAAUGAGUUAGCGAUGUCUAAAUCCCAGCAAACUUAUCUCUCUGUGAUUCCAAUCAUUUCUUUAACAUCACUAUAUUUUCGUACUUUCUCAUAAACAAACUCCGUCAACCACUUUACUUGAAGUUAUAUUAAUUGUUGAACGGCAUCGAUAUCGCAUCAGUCCCUGUGGAGACGAUAAAAAUAUACUUACUUUUGUACUUCAACAAAAUGGCGCCGUUGCCGGGGACUGGCGUUUAGAUAUUGGAGCAUUUCAACAAUUUGUAUUCUUUUAAGUAUUUGUAUAUAUUUGUUUAUAUUGUAUAGUUUUUCUUGUGCUAAUCCUUCUUUGCUAGACAAAGAAAAUUGUUUUUCUUGUUUGUUGAAUCCUUUUUCAGAUUCCCUAUUAAAAGUAAAACCAUGACUGAUCGUGGUUAUUACAAUUUCUAUACUCCGGAUGAGUAUGAAUCAUAUCAACAGUUUCCUCCUUAUAAUUAUGGGCAAACUUCAGAGGCUAAAUUGGAGGAGACCAUGAUUAAAUUCAUGGAAAUGCAGCAACAACAAAUGCAACAGAUGCAAGACCAGAACCAACAAUAUCUGAAAAACAGUCUUGCACGGGCCAAAAAUUUGGAAAAUCAGCUUGUUCAGUUGGCUAAACAGUUAGCCAAUAACAAUAACCAUGGAGAAACAUUUCAAACCAACACACAAACCACUCCUGACGAGAAAGAUAAUAAUCCAAUGAAAAAUGAGGAAAGUGGAGAGAGUGUGAAAGGUGUUGAAAACAAUGAGGAAGAAAGAAUGUUCGAAGGAUGUGGUGUAAAGAAAAUAGUGAAAGAAAUAGAUACACCGCAUGAAGUUGAACUUCCUCAAGAAUUGCCAUGUACGGAGGAAGCUAACACUGUUGAUAAGGAACAAGUGAUGAUGGCUGCGGAGGAAAAUGAAGGAUUAUUUAGCAAGGAAGAAUCAUGUGAACAAAAGAAGGAGAUGGAAAACAAGGCGGAGAUUGAUCGAGUCAUAGAAAAAAUUUGUGCCUUGUUCAACAAGAAGGAAUUGGGGAGGAUAUGGACUCCGCAACAUCUAUAUCUAAAGUUCAUGGAGUUCCUCCCUAACCGAAGGAAAAAGACGGAUGAUGUUCUUUCCGCUUCGUUUUGGCCACCCUAACAUCUCAGGCGUCGAGCUACCGACGUUAACCAAGCGCUUGUUGGGAGGCAACCCAAUCUUCUAUCUUUACUAUUUAAUUUUUGCAAUUUAUCAUUUUAGUAUAUUUAGGCAUGUUUUGAAAGAUUUUAUAUAUGAGCCAAAAUUGAACCAUUGCAUCUGAAGGAAAAGUUCUGCAAUUUUUUGCCUGUUUUCAUGACUUCGCUAAGCGACCGUUUCUUGGCUAAGCGAAGAAGACUGAGUUUUGAAACAUCCACACACUCCUUCACGUUAAAACCCUCAACUAUUCUUCCCUCUCACGAAUUUUGAUCUUCUGUCACUCAAAUUCAUCCAAUUUUACUCAUCCCAUCCAAAAAAAAAAUCAUCUUUUGACUCAUUCAGACUCACAAGGGUUUGCAAAAGAAUUCAUCCAUUUAUUUAAAACCCUAAAUUUCAUCUCAUUCUUCAUCUUUUCACAAGUUUACUAUGCAUAUGCAGCAAUGUGCAACAUGUUAAAUGGCCUACACCUGAGGUUUUUGCUGCAUUUGUUAAAUGGUCUGAGGUCAGUCCACAUGUACCGAAGGAGGCAGCUCAUCAAAAUGAUGUUGAAGUUGGAGUUAAUAAUGAGCAAGAUGAAGCAGAAUAUGGAGCUAAAGCACGCCAUAUUAUGUGAACUUUUAUUGUUUCAGUCAUUAACAUUCAUGUUUUAUGUUUCAUUGCAAAUGUUGACUGAAAUUUUUGUGAACAUACAUGGUGUUAAAUUUUUGUGAUCGCUAAAUGUGCAUAUGAAUUGAAAUGUCUAGGUUUGUGAUUAAUCAAAUUCAAAUGCAUGAUUAGAAUGAAUUUUUCAAAUUGCAUUGCUUGAGGUGAAAUCUUUGUGAUUAUCUUUGAAUGAUAGGAUGAAUUUGAACUAAGUAGCUUUAUUCAAUUUGAUUUCAUUCAUUCCUUCUUAACAUGAUUAAUUGAUUAUGAAUCACGUAGACCUAGCCGAGUGAGAUUGUGUGAACCUUCCAUUGUUUAUAUAUUUGAGAGCCGACAAUUGUGUUUAACUCUAUUGAUUUUAACUGAAUCUUGCUAUUACUUGAUGUGUUUGAUGUCAUGGAUAUGAUCAAGGCCUUGUUUCUUUUUGAGUGGUAACUACUUAAGCCAAAAUAACCUACCUUGUGACUUAGUGUGAUCCUUUGCUACCCCCUUGAGCCAAACUUUUGAAAAUUUGUUUGUUUUGAACCCUUGAACCACAAUAAAGAAAAACAAUGACUUAACCCUUGUCUUAGGAUGAUUGAGCAUUGAAUUUAAGUAGGGUUGAAAAUAAGUUGGGGAGAAAGAGGUUAUUUGUUUGUUUGAAAAAAAAGAAAGAAGUAGUUGAAAAUGGUGAUUGUGAAAAAGAAAAAGAAUUUUGAAAAGAUGUUACAAUCAAAAGAAGUCAUUCAAAUUGAAAAGAAAAAAAGAAAAAAGAAAAAAAGAAAAAAAAAAAGAAGAAGAGAUUGUAGCAUACAAAAAGAAUCCCAAAAGUAAAGAAUGAGGAAAGUGAAAGAGGAUGAAUAGCUUAUGUAAUGUAAUAAAGAUACUCAAAGUUUAUGCUCUCUCAUCCUUAAGGCUUUUUGAAUCCAAAGAAAAACAAUUAUUUUUUGUAGCCUAGCCCCAUUACAAGCUUAAGAAAGACCUUAGUGAUCCAUGAUUGAUAACAUGUCUUGUGAUUUGUUGAGAUGUAUGUUUGAAUUGAUUUGUUGUGAACACAUUGCUUGGAUUGAGAGAAACACUACACCCUUGAGUUGAAACACUUGUGAGAAUUGUGAUUCUAGUUGAUUAUCUUGUUGAUUUGGAAAGAUUGAAAUCUUACUUGAAUUUUGAAACUAUUUCACAUUCAUGCUUUGAUUCUUUGAUGAUUAUGAAUGAUUGAUUUUGAACUUGCAAUACAUUGAAUCAUGCAAACUUGAAAUGAUUUAAAACCAAAGUUUUUGAUUGAUUGCAAAGCUUGAAUGAAUCAUGCACCAAUGAUGUUUGAAACAUGUUUUGAGAGUUUAUUUUGGACUUUUGUUUGAGGACAAACAAAGUUCUAAGUUGGGGAGAGUUGAUAAGUGCUCAAAAACAGUGAUUUUACCUAUUUAUUUUAAGCACUUAUUGACUUGUUUUAUAAGUCAUUUUAGGUAAAAACCCCAAUUAAUUUUAAAUAUUAAUCUCUACUAGCAAAUUAGUAUUUUAGCUAUUUUCCCUCAUUUUUGUAGGUUUUGUGAGCUUAAUGGACAAAUGGAACCAAGUAGAAUCACAUACUUCAAGACUAAGAAAUUAUUAUUGAAUCAAGAGACAACUUUUGUCCUUAUUGUUUAAGAGAUAAGAUAGUUUUUAUUGGACCAAAACAAGAUUAUGCAGCACCUUUUUGACUUAAAGUUACUUAACUAUGAAGAAUAUAUUAUCAUAAGUAACUAAGAACCGCCUUGUUCCAGUUGUGGAAGCACUGCCUAGUUAGUUCCAAGCCUAUAAAAGGACGCAAGGCCAUUCCAAAUAAUUCAUUCCAUUCUUGGCAACACUAGAAACAGAGAACAGAACAUAAGAGAAACAGAGAGAAGGAGGCAGAUUGAAGGAGAUUUGAAGACGGAUACACAACAAUAGUUGAGACAUCAUCAUUGAUAUGUUUGUUCAUCUCUUUUCUUCUUUAUCUUUUGUAAAGCUAUCAUGAAAAUGAAUAGCUAAUCUCUCUUUUGUUGGGAUUAGAUGUAACUAACUCUAGUAAUAUGUAUAUUUUAUGAUCAUGGUAUUAUAUAUGAUUUUAGAUUAUCCAUUAA